GUUGUUUUAGGGUUUUACUGUGAUUUCCAAUGACUCUUUCCCGGGCCCUGUAAAGUUUUCCUCCUCAAACCCGCAGACUGCGUCGGACUAAGCAAGCGGGCAGAUAAACAGGAGUUGAUGUGAGCAGCAGGGUGAAGUGGAGAUGGCCCGUCAGCGCGCUUCUUUACGUCUUACUUGCUUUUUGAAUCGUCCUAAAGUCCGGCAGGUUCGCACGGUUUGGUUUUAGCUGCUGGACUCCGGUGGAGAGCUGGGAUUGUCACUGCUGGAUCUACAGAAUGCUUCGUCUUUUUGGCUCACUUACUGCCCAACCAGAGGAAAAGUGGAUGUGUUUUACAAGUUCUCGUGUCAUUUUCUUUUAAUCCCCGAAACAUCUCGUAAAAAUCUUCUAAAGCGCAAUGAUUUUAACAACUUUUGUCAUUAUAUUGUCCUUUCUGGAUUCUGUGUUCGCCCUAAAGGGUGACAGCAGCUCAGCCUCCCGAGCCGUCCGACUGGACUGCGUAAAGGCCAGUGAACAAUGUCUAAAGGAGUACUCCUGCAGCCCCAAGUACCGGACAAUGAGGCAGUGUGUGGCGGGGAGGGAGAGCAACUUCAGCGCGGUCCACGGUCCCGAGGCGCAGGGCGAAUGCCGCAGCGCUAUAGAUGCCAUGAAGCAGAGCCCCCUUUACAACUGUCGGUGCAGAAGAGGCAUGAAGAAGGAGAAGAACUGUUUGCGGAUAUUUUGGAGCAUAUAUCAGAGUUUACAGGGUAAUGAUUUGCUGGAAUACUCUCCAUAUGAACCAGUCAAUAGCCGGCUCUCGGAUAUCUUCCGCCUGGCUCCCAUCAUAGCUGGUAAGAAGCAGUUUUUGCAUUCCUAA